CCGUAGGUUCUGGGAUCAUUAGGAAGAUAUUCUCUUCCAAUUCAAUGGCUGAUAGAAUCAUGAGAAACUACUAGACGGGUUUUGGGCUUUAGAGCUCCUAUUCUAACUUUUAAAGGGCACAAGAAGUCUGCAUUUUUUUUUUCGAGUGAAGAAAAAAAAUGUCUACAGCUAGAGUUGCUCUUAGCCCCGUUCGCGAGGAGUCUGUACCUGGCUAUUUCCAUGGCCGAUUGGGCACUCGUUCGAGAGAAUCCAUCCUGAUUUAUCUAACUGUUGCCGAUUCUGUGAUUCCAAUGCGUGUACUGGAGUCCGAUUCCAUCGCUUCGGUGAAACUGAGGAUUCAGACCAGUAAAGGGUUCGUUGUGAAGAAGCAGAAGCUGGUGUUCGGAGGCAGGGAACUAGCUCGAAACGGUUCUCUCGUCCGGGACUAUGGUGUCACUGAUGGCAAUGUUCUCCAUUUGGUUCUCCGGCUUUCUGAUCUUCGGGUAAUCACAGUUAAGACUGCCUGUGGGAAGGACUUGGAGUUCCACGUUGAACGGUGUAGAAAUAUAGCAUAUGUCAAACAGCAGAUCGCCAAAAAGGGAAAAAGUUUUCUCGAUCUCAAGGAUCAGGAGCUGAUCUGUAAUGGAGAGGAGCUCGACGACCGGAAACUCAUUGAUGAUAUAUGUAAAAGUAGUGAUGCUGUGGUUCACUUGUUGGUUCGGAAGUCUGCAAAAGUUAGGUCCAAACCCGUGGCAAAAGAGUUUGAACUCUCGAUUGUGGCAUCUAAUUCGAAUGAGAGGAGAGAUUACGAUGAUGAAGAAGAAGUUGAUGGAGAAAACCAGAGGAGCGAUGGAUCAGAGGAAAUCCGUGUGUUUUCAACGAAGUCAACCGAGAGAAAUUUCUGUCUGGAACCGGUCAUUGUUCAUUCGAAGAUCAAAUUAUCCUCGGUGAUUAGUGAUUUGAUUAGCUCCACCUUCGAUGGAUUGGAGAGUGGACACCAACCUAUCAGAUCCUCAGAAGGUUCCGGUGGAGCUUAUUUCAUGCAAGAUUCUUCAGGUCACAAGUUUGUUGCUGUUUUCAAGCCAAUUGACGAGGAACCUAUGGCAGUGAAUAAUCCUAGGGGGUUACCAAUAUCUUCUGAUGGGGAAGGGUUGAAAAGGGGGACGCUAGUAGGAGAAGGAGCGUUGAGAGAAGUUGCUGCAUACAUUUUGGAUCACCCAAGGAGUGGUCCACGGUCCUUUUCAAGUGAAGAAAAAGGUUUUGCUGGGGUUCCUCCCACGGUUAUGGUGAGGUGCUUACAUGGGGGUUUUAACCAUCCAGAUGGAUACCAGUUUGCUACUAAGAAUGUCAAGAUUGGAUCCCUACAAAUGUUCGUGAAGAACAUUGGCAGUUGCGAAGACAUGGGUCCUGGGGCUUUCCCUGUGGAGGAGGUCCAUAAGAUCUCUGUGUUGGAUAUAAGGUUGGCGAAUGCAGAUCGACAUGCUGGAAAUAUUCUGGUGGGCAGAGAAGGGGAUCAGACUGUGUUGAUUCCAAUUGAUCAUGGGUACUGCUUGCCUGAGAAUUUUGAAGAUUGCACAUUUGAAUGGCUCUACUGGCCGCAAGCUCAGGAAUCUUACACCCCUGAGACUGUUGAGUACAUUAGAUCAGUGGAUGCUGAAAAAGAUAUUGCUCUUCUGAAGUUCUAUGGGUGGAACAUCUCACGUGAAUGUGCCCUCACCUUCCGCAUAUCUACCAUGCUUCUGAAGAAGGGAGCUGAGAGAGGGCUCACUCCCUUUUCUAUUGGAAGCAUCAUGUGCAGAGAGACCUUGAAGAAAGAGUCUGUGAUUGAGAAGAUUGUCCAUGAAGCCAGGGAUACUGUGUUACCGGGAACGAGUGAAGCUGCAUUCCUCGAAUCUGUCUCUCAGAUCAUGGAUUGCCACCUUGAUGAGCUCACCAUAUAAUAGGCAUAUAGAUUGUGUAGGUAUAUGUGUAUAUGUGCAUAUGUUAUAGUACAUAUCCAAUCUUUGAAAGGAUUGCAGGAUGUUUAUGUGGAUUGGCUGCUGGAAUUUGGAACCCCACCACCCACCAUAUUUGUUCAUACAUCUAGUUUAGGGCAAAAACUGCCACGAGAGGUGAGAGUAACCUCUUCUAUUGCUAGUGUUUGGAUUUGGAUAUCCCCCAUCUCCUUCUCAGUUUGAAGGUAGAUGUGCACUGUCCUCCAGGUUCAAGGAUUGCAAGAACUCUGGUGUGUUGCAGGAGCCGAUGUCCAAUAUGAACAACCUCUCUCUGUUCUUCACUUUGCUUGAUACUUUUCUGAGCGAGCAAGUCAUUGAGGCUGUUGUAGUUUCAGUUGUUUCAAUUAGGCUUCCUACCUGGAAGGACUGCUCAUUUCUCUGUCUUUGUAAUUUCUUAAGGAAGCUUUUGUUACUAAUCUCAGAAGGUUCGCCUUAGAAAUUGGAUAAGUGGACAUGGUUUUUGGCUACUAAUGAAGUAAGCAUGUUUCUA